ACUCACCAAUCCUCCUGUGUGCGGCAGGCGGCAGUCGACGGUUAACCCAACUCACAUGGCGCUGUUUACUGCUUGUUUGUUUUGAAUGAAUCAAGACUGUCAAAGUUAAGUUUCGCAAAAUGGGACACUACUUGCGGUGCGGACUACAAUGUCGCCUUCCGAAGUUUAUUUUCGAAUCAAGUAAAAGUGAACUUCUUAGGUGUAGAAACCCAUUUCUAAGAGUACUUGUUAACAAUAGUUCCAGUCAGAAGGAUUUCCACUCAGAGAACUCACCCGUAACAUCAAUAAAAACUGAUGAAAAUCUUCCUCCUGACUACUCCAAAUUUCAGGACGAGAGGAAAAUAUCUUUGCCAAAGUCCACUGUUAUUGCAGAGGAUUACUCAACAAUCCCUCAAGAUGAUCCAGAUAAUUUUGGGACACUUACUAAAUCUAACAAUGACAUCCUAAGUGUCCAAGAAGGCUCUGAAGAGGACAAAGCAGAAGACAAGUUUAUUUCUGAGCUACCUAACUAUUACCCCCAGAAGACUUAUGCCAAUAUGAUUAAAAAAUAUUUACGCCAAAGACGGUUCCAAGAUGCCGUGGAUGUUCUUAUGGUAACAAUGUUAAAGGAACACAGAGUAAAACCGGAAUAUUACAUCUAUUCUAUUCUCAUAUCGUACUGUGGUCUGACAGGCUAUUCCAAAAUGGCAUUCAAAUUGUACAAUGAUAUGAAAAGAAGAGGAUUGCCUGUUAAAGAUAGUGUUUACACAUCUCUAUUUAAUUCAUAUGCAAAUAGUCCAUAUCCAUCUGAUGGACUUCAGCGAACUAGACAUCUUUUCACUCUCCUGACGGAGAAAGGUAUUAACAUAAAUCAAAUUACUUGCCAUGCAAUCUUAAAAGCCUUUGCAAGAUGCGGAUCAAUUGAGGAAGCUUUUAAACUUGUUGACUACAUGAUGAGCAAAAAGAUGACUAUCAACAAAGAGACAAUGAGCUUUCUCUUCCAAGCUUGUAUUUCUGAUAAAGAUGCUGGCUUCCGGCAUGCCCUGCUGGUCUACAGGAAAAUGAUGCAGUACCGUAUGAAACCAGAUGUUUUUCAAUUCAACCUUUUGUUACGUUGUGUCAGGGAUUGUGGACUGGGAGAUAUUGUUUCCACUAUCGAUGUAUUUCAAAGAUUGGGUGUUGAAAAUGUGGAUAAGCUUAACACAUUACAGGGCGGUGAAACAUUAAGUGAUGGAUACCCAUGGGAGGAAGAUCCGGAAUUUUGUGCAAUGAAUGUUGCUGGAUCCAAGACAAAUUCAGAACUACAAAAUAAGACAUCUGAUUUGCCUGAAAUCUCUUCUCCUAAAGAACUGCUACCGGAUCUCUUGUCUCAGAAACCCACUCUUGGUUGUGUAGUUAGUUUAAUGCAGAUUGAAAAACCACAAGACAGACUAUUCCUCCUUGGUGGUGUUGAGAGAUUUAUGAGAGAAAUGGACUUACAUGAAGCCAAGCCAGAUAUUAAAACAUUUAAUCUUAUGUUAGAAUGUAUUCCUCAAACAGUGGUAGCAGAGCAGACUCUUCUUAAAUUAAUCACCAAAGGAGGAUUGAAAGUUGAUCUUCUUUUUUUCAAUACUCUAAUAAGGCGCAGAGUUUAUAGGCGACAGUAUGAUGAAGCUAAGGAUGUUUUACCUCUGAUAGCAUCUCAUGGCUUCCAGCCAGAUUUAAUGACCUACACGAAUUUAGCAAUGACCUGUAGGCAAAAAAAAGAUGCUUAUGAGUUGCUGAAAGCCAUGGAUCAAACUGGUGUACGACCUGGUGUAGAAUUUAUCACUGCCAUGUUCGGUUGUGCUACUAGUACAUACAACAUGAGCUAUAUAAAUUUGGUACUUGAUGUCAUUGAUUAUGAAGAGAUCAAAGUAAAUAAAUACUUCAUCAAGAAAGCUGAAGAUUUUUAUGAGAAAUGUUUGAGAGUACUGAAGGCAAGACCCGAAAAGUUCCGGCCUGAAACACUUGUUGCUAUUAACAAUUUUUGUAGUAAAUAUCCAGAAUGGAAGAAACAUGUUGAAGUAGAGAAAGAUGAACAUCCAUGGCAGCACCUUAGGGAUAAACAUCCUCCAGAUUCCAAAACUGAUGAAGAAUUUUUUAGUGAGCAUGUUGAAAAUUAUACUCCGUAUGAGCGUACAUUCUCUCGCUUAGGGCCAACUACAUCGCCAAAAGUCCGUCUAGAAAAGUUAAAGAAGUUGAAGCAGGAAGAUCCAGGAAGAUUUAAGAAAAAAUGGAGAAAGAAAUCAAGUAUAGAUCAGCUUGAAGGUAUUCCUUGUAUUACAUACCAAAAAAUCCAGCCAAAAUAGUCUGGUAAAUAAUAUGUUGAUAUGAAGUUUUUGUUUGAAGGAGAUUUGAUUAAUAGCAAAUAAAAUUUAUAUGAAAUAACCAGAAAACUUUUUAAGUAUUAAAGGAUAAGUAAAUAAUUUCAGGUUUAUGUUGUAUAAGGUGGUUUUAAUCAUGAUAAAGCUUUUAACAAAUACAUGUACACAGUUACACCUGGGUGUUGUGAA